GCGGCCGCGCGCUGCGGGGCGCCGCCCGCCGCCCGCCGCCGAGCGCCGCGCGGCUGCCGAGGGCCUCGCGGUGGGGCGGGCGGCUGCCGAGCGCCGCCCCGCGGGCGGCCGCGCAGGGCGCGGGCCUGGCGCUCGGCGGGCGCGCCCCGCCGCGCCGCGGCCGCCCCCGGGGCGCCUCGGGGGCAUGUCGCUUUUCGAGACGUCGUCGCUGCAGGAGGCGCUCGCGAGGCUUGACUCGGACCUGCCCGCCUCGAACGUCCAGGGCCUGGACGGCCUGCAGCAGUGGUUCCGAGACCCCCUGAACCUGGCGCGCUCCGAGGCGGUUCCGCAGACGUACCUGGCGAUCGUGGGCGUGCUCAUCAGGUUCAUGAACCGGCAGAUCCAGGCAUUGCUCAAGACGACGGCCCGGAAGACCACCUUUCGCGCAGAGGGAGCGGUAUUGCUCCUGAGCGCGGUGCGCUCCGCGCGCCAGGCUGGACACCGUCUGCCAAAGGCGGCCCUGAAGCUGUGGCAGCACAUCGACGAGGUGCUGCGCAACGACUCUGUGGCACAUCGCCAGCUGCAGGGGGUCAUCACCACCUACUGUCGGAUAGCCACCGAGCUCUCUCAGGGCGGCGAGCUGGGCUACACCUCGGAGCUCAGGGACGAGCUGCUGCGGCGGCUGUUCCGCGCCCUGCUGCAGCCGCGGCCCCUUGAGGCGCAGGCUGCCGCGCUCGACGCCGCUGUCCAGAUCUGCCGUGGCGCCGUCGUGGACCUCAGCGGAGAGGUGCCGUUGCUCUGCCAGAGCCUAGCGGACUUAGUGCAGGGCCUCAGCGACCGCAACCGCAACGCGGUACCUCUGGUAAGCUGCCUCGCUGCCGUGGCAAUGAGAAGCCCGUUUGCCUUCCGGGACUGGGUCUUCGGUGAGGGCCGCGCGGAGCUGCUGGCCGGGCUGGCCCUUCGGCUGUGGUCCACCAAGACCUUCGAGGGCCUGGGCUUGGUCCUGCGCCUUGCCCUCGGCUUCCAGGCGCCCCUGCCCCCCGCAAAGGCCGACGAGCUCAUCCCCAUCGUGCUGGACACUCUCGAGUCCCUGUCGCGGUCCGGCGACCGCGGAGACCCGCUGGCGGCCGACACGCUCUGGGAGGUGCCGCACAGCGACAUGGCCGGGAUGGCUGACCUUCUCGCCGCGCUGCUGAUGCGUGCGGAGGGCUCCGCGCAGGCGGCCACGCACCGCCUCUGCAAGAAGCUCGAGCACCGCUGCGUGCCGUGGGCCCUGUGCGCAGUGCGGCUGUGCGAGGCUCACGCGGGCUCCGCGCAGCACAGCGGGAUCGGCGACGCUGAGUUGCUGCAGCUCGUCGCUGCUCUGGGCAGGCAGCUGGAGCUGCUGGCGCUCGACGCGCGGCCCACGGCGGAGGUGCUCCCGGCGGUCCACCUCGCCCUGGCUGCAGCACUGACCGCCCAUGCCUGGACGCGGCUGUGGCCCGCAGGCGUGGGGCUGCCUCCUGUCGCGGUGCCGCUGAGCUCCCUGUGCGGGGACGCGCUCCUGCUCUCGGCCGCUCCAGGCCUGGCCUCGCUGCCGCCUCUCGAGCCGGCCGCUGGCCAGGAGUGCGCGGAGUGGGCGCGCUGGGAGCACGCCCUCGCGAAGCACGCGGCCAGCUCUCUGUCUGCCGGGCUGGCCCCACGUGGCCUGCGCCAGCUGCUCGGGGUGCUCUUGGUCACUGCGCCGUGGAGCGCCGCCGAGGAAGUGCGGUGCGCGCUGCUGCGGCAGGCCGCCCAGGCUCCUGCGGCGAUCGCGAGCCAGCCCGGUGCCUUGGCGGGGGGCUGCCUGUGCGCCGCGCUCAGGCGGCAGCGGCCCGACGCGAGCGCCCACCGCGAGCUCUUCCAGAGGGUCUCUGCCGAGGGCGCGGACGUCCGCGUGGCUUUCUUGGCACUCAGCGCCACCGACGGCCUGGAGGCCCGAGCCGAGCCGCCCCCGGCCGCAGCUCCGGACUGGGGAGACGACGGCCUGUGCGUCGUAGCCGCAGAGGAAGCGCCGUGCUGCGCCGAGGUGAGGAGGGUGUGGCGAGAGCGGGACGCGGCCGCGCGGGGGCAGCUCGAGGCGCAGCGGCUGGCCGCCGCGCUGGACGCUGGCCACUCGGGUCCGGGAGAGGCUCUCGUCGAGGAGCUCCGCCUGCACGGAGCCACGCGGGCCGCAUCUUUCCGCGAGCCCCUGGGGACCAGCUCGCUGAGCAGCGUGGACCCAGACUCGGCAGGGAGCUCUCGGGCGCCCCUGGCGCCCCUCGCGGAGACGUCGAAGACCGCUGCCGUCUUCGAGGCUGCACUGCAGCUGUAUUUCGAGCACGCGGACGCCUUCGUGUCCGCCUGGCAGAACGACUCGGCCACGGCCCUGCCGCUCGCGGCCCAGCUUCUGCCCACCAUGAGCGUGGCGCUGCGGCUGCCCCGCGAGGCGGGCGCGGCGCGCGAUGUCUUCUGCCCGUCCUUGCUCUGCCUGCUGGACCUCGCGUGCCAGAUCCUGCAGGGUCAGUCACCCAGCUCUCAGAGGGCUGGCGCCGUCCUCGACGCCCUCGGCGACCUCCUCCGGCUGGCGGCGGCCCUUGCCCGCCUGGACGCGGGCGGAGGCGGCGUGCUCUCCGGCGAGGGGGUGGAGCCGAGGUGCACGGCGCUGGCGCAGGCCAUCCGCCAAGCCUGGCUGGGCGCCUGCUCGCCCAGUGGCGGCCCAGGCCAUCGCCGUGCGGAGGGGCCGGACCUCUUCGACGGCGGGGAGCCGCGAGAGCGCCGCAGGGAGUCCGGCGCCCGGCGUGGGGGCGCGGAGCUCCAGCGCUCAUCUGGCCUCCGGCUGCUGCUGGCCCUGGCGUGCGCCGAGGCCGCCCGCGACGGCAAGGGCGGGCCCACGGGCGAGGGGCGGGACGGCCCGCUGCAGGUGCUGCGAGGGCUCCUGGUGGACCGCGCCAGGGCCGAGCCUGCCGCGGCCGUGCACGCCCUCGGCCUGGUGGCGUGGGAGCUGGCGAGCUGCGCGGCGGGACGGGUCGGCUGCCCCGCGCACGUGCUCGCCGCCGUCGCCGAGUGUUGGAGCGCGGUGGACAGGCCGCUGGUGUCUCACCAGCUCGACGAGAUGCUGCUGUGCGCGCUACGGCUCGUGGCCGCCUCCGCCCAGGUCGGUCGCGAGGCGCUGCAGGCAGUUUGCCACCGCCUGUGGAUCGGCACCGGGACGGCCGAGGCGAGGCUCGCGGCUCUGUCUCGCCAGGUCUGCAGGGACAUGGCCCUCGUGAGCCCUCAGGGGAAGCAGAGCUUCGCGGCCCUGCUGACCAGCUGCUUCAGGCUGCUGAGGGGCCUCCCCGAUUUCGCCCCGACUGUGGACCUGCUUGCGGAGUGCUGCAUGAACACGAUCCCCGACAUGAUCCUGAAGGAUGAGAGCUGCGAGGUGCGGCUAUGCGUCGGUUCCAUGUUCACCAGGGCCCUCUUCGAGUUCUUCCAGCCCGAGGCUGUCAUGGAAGAGUUCGCCCCCGCGCUCCAGUCUCUGGAAGGUGGUGGAGCGACCUCAGGCGGUCACGCCACGUCUGAAGCGUUGGCAACGGUGCGCGUCAUGCUUGAGGUGGCGUCCGUGGAUGGCCACAUGCCCCGAGUCCUGCCUCGCCUUUGCGCCCUGCCCCGCCGCCUGCGGCCCACCGUGCGUCUGGCGCUGCGGGCCCUGGACGAGCCACUGGGCCCCUGCGCGGACGGCGGGGCGUCGUGGACCGCGCUCGCCUUCCGCGCCGGCAUCUUCGCGGCGCUUUUGCGGCACGGGCAGUCGUUGGCAGAGUUGCAGCUGGAGGAGCUCUUGCUGGCGCUGCCGCGCGUGGGCCAGAGAACGGGCAUCGACCAGCAUCUCUCGGCUGCUGUUGCCGCGUUGGCGCUGUGUGAUCAGACUGGCCAACUGCCACAGCUGGCGCAGGCGAUCGGCGUCCAGGCUGGCUCCCCGCUGUUCAACGUGAAGAUCUUAGUGCCCCUGGCGGGGACGCUGAUCCCGCUGCAGCGGAGCCUGGAGCCGCUGCAAAGACUCUUCAACCAAGAGAGGUGGCUCGUGAACAGCUGUUCCAAGUUGGCCGCCAAUAUUUUUGCAUUCGCCAUGCAGCUGCCAUUUCUCACUCUGGGCCUGGGCUGCGAUAUGGACGCCCGAAUGGUUGCGAAGGCCUUCGCGGAGGUGCACCCCGAUCUUCCUUGGGCGAGGUUUCGCGAAUUCGUGGACCAGCAUUUUCGCCUGCUCUGCGCGCAGCUUGACCGCAUCUUGCACGCGUGGGCACGUUGGGCACCCGCCACGGCAGUAGAUCUGUUGAGGACGUUCGCGGACUGGCUGGCCCCCCUGAACGGCAGCCGAUUGCGGCUGUUCUUGCCGCUGCUGCGGAGGCAAGCUCAGCGGUUGCCUCCGACGCACUCAAAGGCGAUCACCGUCGUGCUGGAGUCGGUGGUAGGCGCGAGCGCUGAUGACGCGCUGAUCCGUUUGGCAGCACACCGCGACGAGUCCCUCGUGGAGUCCGUGCGGGACGCCGAGCGCCGGUGGUCUGUGCGGUCGCCCGCCUGCGGGGCCGCCGCCUGCUGCCCAGCGCUGGGCACGCUGCGGGCGGCGAUGCGCCGCCUGCGCCACGCCCCAGGGGAUGCGGGUGGCGGCCCGGCAGACUGGCUGUUCCUGCAGGUGGAGUCCAUGCUGCCACGGCUGAGGCCGGCGGCGCAGGAGCUGCUCGCGGAGGCGGCGGGCCUCGGCGCCGCGCAAGACGGCAGCGGGCGCCCAGUCAAGAGGCAGCGCCUGGCCCGUGGCGACAGCCCCUUUUCUGCGGUGGCGGUGCUGCAUCCCCUGGGGUGCGGGAGCCUCGCGUGGGGUGCGCCCCUGGGCCGCGACCUUGGCGCCGUGGCGUGCUGCGCCGCCGCCGCGGCCGAGGCCGCCGCCACAGCCAGCGCGGCAGGCACAAAGGCCGGCGCGGGGCUGGCGCGAGUGCUGCACUGCGCGCUGCGGCCGCAGGCGGCCGAGCAGAUGGCGCGGGACUGGUCGCUAGCACGGUCAGUCGCCCUCAGCGUGGCCGUUGCGGACCUGGCUGAUGUGCUGCAGCUGGGCCUCGAGCCUGAAGGUGAGGCACUGGACGGCUUCGCCUUCGUCGACGCACUGGUGCGGGAGGAGGGCGCGCAGCCCACAGUCGACGAGCUCCUCUGUUGUGGCGCGCUGGUCGGUGCCAGUCAGUUGCAGGUCCACCAGUCUGCCGCUGUGCGGCGUUGCGCUCUCGUCGCGCUGCACGAGCUGCACCGGCAGCAGCCGCAGCUCUUCGACCAGGCGCGCAGGCUGCUGCACGGCGUGCUGGAUCCGCGGCACCUCUGCCUCGAGGACCUCGGCAUCCCUAUUCCGGAGCACUUCGUCUCUCGCCACGGGGAGCCAGGUAGCGAGCGGCCGGAGCAUGGUUGGCCGCUGUUUCACGAGCAGGCGGGCGGCGACUACUCCACGUGGGUGCGGGACGUGACUGCCCAGAUGAUGGCCCUCGGGGCUGGCGUGGGGGACGCUGGGUCCUUGGGGGUGCUGGCUGCCAGCGUGCCCUUGGCCCAGAGCGUGGACUGGUUCGCCGAGGGCAUGCUGGUCCUGGUGGUGCUGAAGGCGGCGGACUCGAGCGGGGCCAGCAAGCAGACGUUGGCAGAGGCGCUGAAUGGGCUGUUCAGGCAGAAGAACGCAGAGAUGUCCCGGCUGCGAGCCAUGAUCCUCUCUCUUCGCUACGUUCGCCUGUACCAGACGGUCAGGGAGCGGCGGGUGGUUCCGCACUUCCCGAUGGACAGCGGCGACGGGUUUUGGUCCGCUCUGGACCUGCUCGCCGUGGCGGACUCCGCCUCGCGCGUGGGCUGUGCGCUCGAUGGCCUGCUCUAUCUCGAGCUGCACCUCUCCAGGGCCAGGCCGAACGAGCCCAUCGACCAGACGCUGCUUCUGGACGAGGCGCAGCUCCGUGUGGACCAGCUGUUCUCCCCGCCCGCGCCCGAGGUGCGGGUGCUGCACCGGCUGGCCCAGCAGCUGCCCGACGACGAGCUCCUGCACGGCGUGUCCCAGUGGUGCCACCCGACCUCGCGGGCGGUGCGCGCCGAGCUGGGCAACGACCACCUCGGCACCCUCUACCUGCGCAGCGAGCUGCGCGGGGCGGCGCUCCGCUCCCCGAGGCCCCCACCCCUGCCCACGGCUCCGGGCGCGCCGGCCGCCGACGAGGACGACGUGGGCGUCGGCCUGCAGGACGCCCUGGCGAGACUUGGCCUCCACAGUGUCCUCGCGAGCGCAGCGCCCCCGGUCGAGGCGGGCGCCGCUGCCUGGGAGCGUCGCAUGGAGAGCCUGUGGAGGCUGCGUCAGUGGGGCCCCGUCUCCGCGCCCGGGUCGGAGGGCUUCCAGGUCGGGAUCCACAGCGCGCUCUCCGGCAUCGCCGAGGCGGCCUCGCCUUCGCGCGGCGUCGCGGCCACGGCCACGGCUGCCCUGGAGCGCCCGUUGUUGUCGCUUGUGGCGCAGGUUGCCGCGAGCGUGCACGCCGGCUCUCCCGAGCAGCUUCGCCUGGGCUCCGUACGCUUGGGGAUGCUGGGCUCCGUCUUCGGCGCGCUGGACGCCAAGGCAAAGGACGCAUCCCAGGGGGACGCGGCAGCGUCGAGCGCCCUCUCGGCACGAUGGGUGGCUGCAGCUGGCCGCGCGUUGCCAGCACGGCACUUCUUGCUGCUGGAGCCGCUGCACGCUCUGCGGGCCACGCUGCUCUCGCUGGUUGCCGCGCCCGAGCAGGAGCAGAGGUUCCUCGUCCGCGCUGCGGCGGCGGCCCGCGCUGCGGCGCAGCCGCACCGAGCCCUGGGGCUGCUGGAGCAGGCGCACCGCGUCCGAGGGCGCUCGCAGCAGCGCCUGGAGGCGCUGAAGCUGCACUGGGAGCGGGCCCAGUGCCUCUGGGCACUGCAGCAGCAGCAAGAGGCGGUCAGCAUCGCGCGGGCCAUCUCCACGGAGUGCUGGCAGCAGCCGCCGGAGGGCAGGCGCGAGCAGAGCUGGGCUGCCAGCGUGGUCAGUGAGACGGGGCACUGGCUGUCGGUGUCUCGGCUGGAGGGCCCAGACGUGAUCCAGAGCCAGUACCUGGAGCGGGCAGCGGCCAUGGACCCGACGGGUUCACAGCCCCGGAGGCAGUUGGCGGACUUCCUCGACGCUCGCUUCUCUGACGAGCUCGCAAGGCAAAGCUCCCUGGAGCACACCAUCGCCAAGGACUUGCGCAAGGUGACCGAAGCGCAGAUGAAGGCGGUGCAGGAGAAGGUCCAGGAGCUGGAGCGCAGCCCAGCUGCGUCCUCUCAAGCAGACGCAGGGGUCAUGAGGCACGAGUUGGCGAAGCUCCAGCUGCUAGUGGCCCAAGACCAGGGAAAAGCCGACAGCGAGACGAAGCAGCUUCAUAAUCUCGCUAUUGGCUGCGUGACAGAGCUUAGCAAGUGUCUCGCGGAGAGCACCUCAGGCAACUUAACGAAAGUGGCUUGUCGCCUGCUCUCGCUUUGGUUCCACUGCAAGAGCGAGUAUCCCGAGGUCACCGACGUGGUGCGCAAAGCGAUCCCGCGGCUCGCGCUGGGGCAUCUGAACCCAUUCAUUUACCAGCUGGCCUCCCGGCUGGACGUGCAGGACGGGCCCUUCCAGGAUACCUUGGACGAGCUGCUGGUGAGACUGGCGACGCACAGCGCCCACGCCCUGUGGCCGCUGUUGCUGCUCCGCAACGGUGACCAGGUGAAGGGCAUGAAGGGCGCGGGCUGCUUCCAGUCCGACGCCGCGAAGAUAGAGGCUGCCAAGCGCGUGCUUCACCGGCUGCGCCAGAACCCGCAGGUCCGCUUGAGGAUGGAGGCGUACGAGCUCAUGACCAAGUUCUACUUGGAGGUCGCCUACUGCGACAUCCCGCCGACCGAAAAGCACAAGGAGUUCAUCCUGACCGGCUUCGGCAGCUAUAAGGACGCCCGCGGGAUUUUCACCCAGGUGCCAGUCCCAACGAUUGCCCCAAGCAGCGACGGCACCCCGGUGCCAUGCAUCAAAGAUUUCGAGGAGACUUUCAGAGUCGCCCAGCAAGGCGUCACGCUGCCGCGGAUACUGCGCGUGGUGGACACGACGGGCAUUGUGCACAAGCAGCUGGUUAAGGGCAGGGACGACAUCAGGCAAGACGCAGUCAUGCAGCAGGUGUUCCGGCUCCUGAACGACGUCUUCAUGGACACCUCCGUGGCGAGGGAGAGUGGUGGAGCAGCAAACAAUUUGCGGCUCCGCACCUACCAGGUGGUCCCCCUCGCGCCAUCCGCUGGCAUUAUGGAGUGGGUCGUCCCAACAGCCACGCUGGGGGAGCUGCUCACGGGCAACCGAAACCCUGCCGAGGGCGCGCACCAUCGCUACCGCCCAGACGACUGGCCGGGGCACAGAUGCCGCAAGCACAUGGACGAAGCGCGCAAAGCGUUCAGUUCUGGCCAGCCGUCGGCCGUCCUGGAGGGGGCGCUGCUCGAGUGCUACGCGAACUUCAGGCCCGUGAUGAACCUCCUCUUCAUGGAGCGAUUCCCGUCUCCUGCUAGCUGGCACAACGCCAGGCAGCACUUCGCCAGAUCGGUGGCGGUGAGCUCCAUGGUGGGAUACAUAUUGGGCAUCGGCGACCGCCACCCGAACAACAUCCUGUUCGACACGAGGACGGGCGAGCUGGUGCAUAUCGACUUCGGGAUGACCUUCGAGGCCGGCCGGAUGAUGCGGCCCCCGGAGCUGAUGCCGUUUCGCCUGACCCGCGACAUGAUUGCCGGGCUGGGCUGCACGGGGACCAGUGGCCGCUUCAGGCGGUGCUGCGAGGCCUCCAUGCAGAGGCUCCGCGACAGCGCCGCCCUGGUCAACGCCGUGGCGGACGUCUUCGUUCACGACCCCACCUACCAUGGCGCCUGGCGGCCCAGCGCGUGCAGUCCCGCCAGCAGGGCACCCCGCCGCCCUCGGAAGCCUCCGAGCUGUGCGGCGGCGGGCCCGACGCGCCCAGCGUGGCGCGCCAGCUCGCCGGGGGCGGCGGGGCGGGCGGCGCGGAGGGCAGCGAGAUGGCGAGGCGUGCGCUGCAGGUCGUGA